CAUGGCUUUUUAUCUCGGCUGGAUUUUAUCAAAUGUAUAUAUGGGCCGUCAAGAAACAUAAAGCUUAUCGUAAAGAAUUUAAAGAUUAUCCAAAAAAUAGGACAGCUAUAAUCCCAUUUGUC